GGCGUGUGUGUCCUUUCCUUAACGUGUGUCUUUUUUGUCGGCAGGUGUGCGUCCACGUGUGCACCGUGUUGUUUACGGCCUGGCCGCUGUGCUCACAGGCAGCGAGGCUGCGGUGUGGCACCGACCUCCUCAGUGACCUCAUGUUUGUGUGUGGUGACCGUGGGAUCUACUUGGGCAGAGGCAGCUGGUCUGGUUACGGCGCUCGGCCCAGAGGGAAGGGGAUCGUGGAUCAGUGCUGCCGCCCGGGUGGCUGCGACCUGCAACAUCUGGAGAAGUACUGUGCCAAGCCAAAGAACCACAGACAGCAACAGACAGGAGCUCCGCCCACCACAGCGCCGACUGACACAGUGGAGCAGUUCAAAGCGGUGUUUCAGAGGAGACUGCUGGAACAGCUGGGAGCGCCAAACAGUCCUCAGAGGGACGCUUACCGGAGCUGGAGCCCCGCCUCUCUGCCCAGGAACAGCAAAGCAUCAUCAGGGUGCAGGAGGACCAGCACACGGCGCCCUGACACCGCGUCUGGCACAGCGGCCACACCUCCCGCCGUGGCCACACCUCCUGCAGCCUAA